AUGUCGGAACAGGAGCUUCAGAUCAACCCCAUCGUCCAGGACUCAGUCGCGCACAACACAAAGACUCUCACCAAUCUCCACAGCUUGACGGCGUCCCUCUUUGGCGUCGGUGCUGGAAUCCUUGGUCUCGAGUCUUACUAUGGCUUCUUAUUCUACAUUGCCUUCUCAAUAACAACCAGCCUCUUGUUCUACAUCCUCCAGAUUGCACCAAGCUCUCUGGGAGAAGGUCGCACCGUCCUCGACUCUGGUCGUUACUACAGGGGCGCCUUGGAACUCUGGACUAGCGGCAUCUUCAAUGGCUUACCCGGAUUCAUAUUGACUUGGACUUUAUUCUACGGCUUAGUGCGAGCUUGA